AAAUUUGAAAUCUCAGCUAAAGGAGAAGAGAAGAGAAGCACCAUUUCCCUUUCUCGGGUCGUGUCCUCAUCGUUUUCUCAGAUUCCUUAAUAAUUCCCUUUCGAUUCCAAAUCCCCAAUAUACUCAUCGAAUUCGGAUUCCAAGACCCCAGGUUUUUCAAUCAUGCCCAUGGAGAACGACAAUGGCCACGCUAGCAACGUCGUCGUCACCGCCGAGCAAGCCACCAAGAUCAGCGAGACUGAGGUGCGCUUGCCGGAGAAUCGGCAGACCGUUGUUGUCACAGACGCCGCAAGUGGUAGCGAGAUAGGAGAGCAAGGGGAGGGAGAGACGCCAGUGGCGGUGGCGGUCACCGUGGAAGAGAGCGGAUCGAAUUUGGUGGCAGAGCUACCUCCCCGAUCUUCUUCCGCUAGAGUUCCCUUCUCUAAUCUUAGCCAAAUUGAUGCAGAUCUUGCUCUUGCUCGCACACUCCAAGAACAGGAACGGGCGUAUAUGAUGCUGACCAUGAAUAGUGAAAUCAGUGACUAUGGGAGCUGGGAAACUGGAAGUUAUGUAUACGAUGAGGAUGAGUUUGAUGACCCCGAGAAUGAGGAUGAGGAUGACGAUGAAGACGAAUAUGAAACAGAUAAUGAUCCUCAGGAAGAUGCACCCGAUGUUCACGCCAAUGAAAAUGAUCAAGAAGAUGACGGCAACUCUGACAUUGAAGAAGUUGCUUAUUCAGAUGAUGAGGCCUAUGCUAGAGCUCUUCAAGAAGCUGAAGAAAGGGAUAUGGCAGCUAGAUUGUCUGCUUUAUCUGGGUUUGCAAAUCGGGUUGAAGAUGUAGAGGAUGAGAGUCAUACUUCUCAGGAUGCCUGGGAUGAGAUGGAUCCUGAUGAGCUUUCGUAUGAGGAGUUGCUUGCACUUGGCGACAUUGUGGGAACCGAAAGCAGAGGAUUGUCUGCUGAUACAAUUGCAUCUUUGACUUCAAAAAGAUAUAAAGAUGGAGACAAUCAGAACGGAACCAAUGAGUCAUGUGUUAUAUGUCGUUUAGACUAUGAGGUUGACGAUGACCUGAUACUGCUCCCAUGCAAACAUUCUUACCACUCGGAGUGCAUAAACAACUGGUUGAAGAUAAACAAGGUUUGCCCCGUAUGCAGCGCAGAAGUUUCAACUUCCACCUCUGGACAAAGCUGAUGAGAGCAAAGGAAGAAAGAUUCAGAAGAAAAAAAGAAUCAUAAGCUAAGAACGUCAAAACCUUAGCUGUCUGUUUGUACACUUUUUAUAAACAAAAAGAAAACAUCACCAGAUUUCCUUGGAUCUUUUAUACAGUCUCAAAGAUUGGAACUCUCUCUAGCGUUUUUAGUAUUCGCAUUCAUCUGCUUCCGUA